CAUGGCGGGAGAGGAGGGUAAAACAAGUAAGGUUGUGUCACAGGAAUUUAUGAAAUAUCGCUCUCCCCUUGUCUCGCGAUAUGCUAGUCCAGAGAUGGCCUUUAACUUUAGUGAAAUGAACAAAUUCACAACAUGGCGUAGGCUAUGGACAUACCUCGCAAAGUCGGAAAAGGAUCUAGGGCUGGAUAUCACAGAGGAACAAAUAAAAGAAAUGGAGAAUAACGUAACAAAUAUUGACUUUGAGCUGGCGGCUGCGGAAGAGAAGAAAUUCCGACAUGACGUCAUGGCCCACGUACACACAUUCGGAGCAUGUUGUCCCAAGGCAGCGUCCAUUAUACAUUUAGGAGCCACGUCAGCUUAUGUAGGAGAUAAUACUGAUUUGAUUGUUAUGAGAGAUGGAUUUGACAUCCUACUCCCAAAGCUUGCAGGGGUGAUAAAGAGAUUAGCAGAUUUCGCCAAGAAGCAAAAGGAUUUGCCUUGUUUGUCUUAUACACAUUUACAACCAGCUCAGCUGUCUACGGUGGGUAAGAGGGCCUGUCUCUGGAUACAGGACCUGUUGAUGGACCUCCGGAAUCUGGAGAACGCCCGGGAUAACAUCAGGUUCAGGGGAGUGAAGGGCACCACAGGAACACAGGCUAGCUUUCUCACGCUGUUUGAAGGAAGUACUGUUCGGGUUGAAAAGCUUGAUAGGCUGGUCACAGAGAUGGCAGGAUUCAAACAGACGUAUAUGGUGUGUGGACAGACGUAUUCCCGUAAAGUGGACAUCGACAGUCUCAACGUAUUGGCCAGUCUGGGGGCCUCUAUACACAAGAUAUGUACAGACAUCAGACUAUUGGCUAACUUCAAGGAGUUAGAAGAACCAUUUGAAAAAGAUCAAAUUGGCUCCAGCGCCAUGCCGUACAAGCGUAAUCCAAUGAGAAGUGAGCGUUGUUGUGCGUUAGCGCGUCACCUGAUCUGUCUGGUACAGGAUCCUCUGAUGACGGCGUCCGUACAGUGGAUGGAACGGACACUAGAUGAUAGUGCUAACAG